UUAACCAUGGCUCUCCAACAGUUUGUGUGCUGCUUCACUGUGGUGAUCGUUUUCUUCUGCAAAGGUUGUCACUCACAGCAGCCCACAUGUGGCAGAAGUGCUGUGAACAGCAGCAGCAUCACAGGAGUUCGUGACGCUGCACCAGGAAGUUGGCCCUGGUUCGCUGCUGUAAACACUUAUUCUGCAGGGUCUCUGAUCACCGACCAGUGGGUGCUGACAGUUGCAUCCUCCGUACCAACGGAUUACAGUAGCAUGGUGGUCUUGCUGGGCAGCAACAGGGUGUUAGAUCCAGACCCAAAUAAAGUGAGGCUGAACGUGAUAAACGCCACCUGCCAUCCCGGAUUCAACUCGUCGACUCGUGAGAACAAUAUUUGUCUUCUGAAGCUGUCGGCUCCUGUGAAUUUCACAGACUACAUUCAGCCGAUCUGCUUGGCCUCAGAAAACAGCACUUUCAACAAUGAGACCAGCAGCUGGGCCAUCGGCUUUGGUGACAUUGAGGCAUUGAGAUAUAACCUGCAGGAGGCAAAAGUAUCAGUAGUGGGAAACGAUGUGUGCAAAGCCAGAUUUCCAUGGAUCCCAGACAGCAUCAUCUGUACUAGAGAGACGAAUUCAUGUUGGGAUAAACUUGGAGCGCCACUCAUGACUCAGAGUAAAUCAGUCUGGCUCCAGAGUGGAGUUUUCACAGUGCCUGGAUGUACUGCAUCUCCUUCAGUCUACACUCCUGUGUCUCAGUACCAGAAAUGGAUCAGCGACACAGUUACAGGGACACCACCAGGCUUUGUUACCUUCACCUCCCCACACAGUUCAUUACAAACCACUGCUCCUCCUACUGCCCCUCCCACUUCUCCGACAUGUGUGGGUGUGUUUUGCAGUGGGGAAAACCUGAUCCACUUCACUCACUUCUCCUCUCUGUGUGUUCUUGUUGUGUUGCUCCAUGUGUUUGCUGGAACUUUUGGAAACUAGAUCAACACAUUUACUCAAGUUUAAUACAAACAUGAAGAACAUGUCUUAACCAGGUAGAAGAGCUUUGCAAUAGCAUAAAGACAUCAUCCUGCCCCUCAGAUGGAGUCCCAACCCAUUUUCUAAAAAAGAUUAUUAAGGUAGUCAGUCCUGACAUUUUAACUAUUUUUAAUAGCAGUCUCAGCUCUGGAGUAGAACCAACUGGAUACAAGCACGCUGUAGUGCAGCCAGUACUUGAUUAUUCUGUUCUUGUUCAUUUUAGACCUGUCUCCAAGCUACCAUUUCUGUCAAAAAAUUCUAGGAAGGAUUGUAUUUGAGCAUCUGCAAUCCUUUCUAAACAGUCAUAAUAUUUUUGAGAAGUUCCAGUCGGGCUUCAAAACCCACCACAGCACAGAAACUGCCCUCUUAAAAAUGCUUAAUGAUAUUUUAUUAAUCACUGACUCAGGAGACCCAGCUGUGCUCCUGCUCCUAGACUUAACUGCAGCCUUUGAUACUGUUGACCACAGCAUUCUGAUCUCCCGUUUAGCGCAAUGUGGUAUCAAAGGUAUCCCCUUGGAAUGGUUUAGGUCGUACCUCUCCAAGAGGACUUUUUCCGUGAGCCUUGAUGAUUUUAUUUCUUCCCCAGCUCUUUUUACUUGUGGUGUCCCGCAGGGAUCCGUAUUAGGCCCAAUUCUUUUUUCAAUCUAUAUGUUGCCCCUAGGCCUAAUCUUUAGGAAGCAUAACAUCUGCUUUCACUCAUAUGCCGAUAACACCCAGAUUUAUCUUCGGUUUAAUAAAAACACCUCUACGCCCAUGGAAUCGUUAGUCAAAUGUCCCGACGAAGUUAAAACCUGGAUGGCCUCAAAUUUUCUUGCCUUCAACGAGGAUAAAACAGAGGUAAUUAUUUUUGGACCAAGCGGUAAUUUCAAUGCCCCAGAUUUGGACUUAUGCAACCUAAAAUGUGCUGUUAAAACGCAUGUAAAAAACCUGGGGGUUUUCUUGGAUAGCAAACUUACAUUUGAGAAACAAAUUAAUUCAGUUGUCCAGCGGUCCUUUUUUAAAUUAAGGCUCCUAUCCAAAGUGAGAUCUUUUCUAUCCUAUAGAAACUUGGAAUGAGCAAUUCAUGCGUUUGUUUUAUCUCAACGGGGUUACUCCAAUUCACUUUAUGUGGGUGUCAGUCAGUCCAGCUUGGCCCGGCUCCAACUUGUACAGAAUGCUGCAGCUCGCCUUUUGACUCGUGUGACGAAACACCAACAUAUUACUCCGGUGCUUGCUUCCCUUCAUUGGCUUCCAGUGCGUUUUAGAAUUAAAUUAAAAAUCUUACUUUUAACUUAUAAAGUGCUAAAUGGCCAGGCACCGGAUUAUUUGUCUGACCUUGUGCAGCUGUAUACGCCCUCUAGAGCCCUUCGAUCAAGUGAUCACCUACUCCUUACUUUACAUAAGUCUAGAAUGGUAGAGGAUAUCGCGCAUUUGCGGUUGUGGCACCGAAAAUGUGGAACAAUCUACCUCUCCACAUUAGAAAGGCCCCAACUGUUAUUCUUUUUAAAUCGCAUCUUAAAACAUAUUUUUUUACUCUGGCUUUCAAAACUGUAGGGGAGUUACCAAUUCUUUUAUCCUAAUCUGUUUUUAAUUUUUAUCUGUUGUUGUUAUUAAUGCCACUGUUUAAUUGUUAUGUUGUACAGCACUGUUGUUAUUAAA